AUGGCGUCGCGAAACCCUGAGGAUCCAGGAAUGGGAAGCCCCCGAAAGCGAUCAGAGAGCGCAGCCAAUCCGCCCAGACCGGGUCCUUGUCCGACACCAGAGGCCCGGCCAGGAAGCAAGGACCGGUCUCAAUCAGUCACCCGGAAUGAAGGCCAGCGACCACCAAGUAAAGGUUUUGAUGGCGCCGACCUUGUGUUCCCCAUCCGUUCCGUUGUGUCGGUCGAUCCCACGGCCAGCCAGGCCGCUUCCGCGCAGGCGCGGAGUGCUGCAUCUCCCACUCGCGAAGGUGCCCGGCAAUACUCGAUCAUCGAUUCCGAGACAUGGCAAAAAUUACGUUCUCAGAAACUACACAAUCCUCAGCCAGCGGUACCGAGUGAUGUUCCUCGUCACGAGACCCAUCCCGUCAACGACAAAACCGAACUGGCCACCCACUCCAUGGCAUCGGUAGUUGCCCAUCAUCCGGAACGCUAUGCGAAGCCCGUGGACAGUGAUGGCCGGUCCGCAUCGCAAACCCCACCCCCGGCCUCCGAUCAGCCCUACAGCCAUAUGACUUCGCGAUUCAAGCAUGUGAUGACCGAGAGUGGUCACGCCGUGAUCACCGGAAGAGACGGCGCCAAGUUUCAGUACUGUGAGGAUGAGCCGAUUCGUAUUCCGGGUGCGAUUCAGAGCUUUGGAGUCAUGAUUGCGAUGCGGGAGGAAUCACCAAAUCAGCUGGUGGUGCAUGUGGCCAGUGAGAACUCGGAGCAAUUCAUGGGAUACUCCCCCAAACAGUUAUUUGAGCUGGAGAAUUUUUGUGAUAUUCUCAAAGAUGACCAAGCAGAUGUUCUUCUGGAUCAUAUCGAUUUUGUCCGAGACGAUGCGUAUGAUCCCAGUGUGGACGGGCCGGAGGUUUUCAUCCUGUCCAUCCCAACCCCAUCCGGGGAAACUCGCCGGUUUUGGUGCGCUGUCCAUGUCAGCCAAGCCAACAAGGAUAUUAUUAUCUGCGAAUUCGAGUUGGAGGAUGACGAGGUUAAUCCUCUGAAUGUCGCUGGGCGCUCCACUCCUGCACUCCCGUCGGAUACGUUGGGGGUCACCCCGACCACCGAGCAACUUGCUGCUAGUACGAUGAACAUCAGCCAGCCCCUCAGAGUUCUUCGCAAUGCACGGCGGAGAAGAGGCGAGGCCGCUGCGAUGGAAGUAUUCAGCCUUCUAACUCAAAUCCAGGAGCAACUAGGCCGUGCACAGGACCUUGACACAUUACUGAACACCACUUCCGGGCUGGUGAAGGAGUUAACCGGGUUCCACCGGGUGUUGAUCUAUCAAUUCGAUAGCAGCUGGAAUGGCAUGGUUGUGUCAGAGCUGGUCGACCCUGACGCCUCGAUUGACCUGUAUAAGGGCCUACAUUUCCCAGCCUCCGAUAUUCCUGCCCAAGCUCGGGAACUGUACAAAAUCAACAAGGUUCGUCUUCUUUAUGAUCGCGAUCAGCUCACCUCCCGUCUGGUGUGUCGCACAUUGGAGGACCUGGAAACGCCCUUGGAUAUGACCCACGCCUACUUACGCGCCAUGUCGCCAAUUCACAUCAAGUACCUGGCGCACAUGAAAGUACGGUCAUCGAUGUCGAUCAGUGUCAAUGCCUUCAACGACUUGUGGGGGUUGAUCUCUUGUCAUUCAUACGGGUCUUCUGGGAUGCGUGUUUCGUUUCCCAUUCGGAAGAUGUGCCGCCUCCUUGGUGACACCGUAUCACGAAAUAUCGAACGCCUGUCCUAUGCGUCCCGACUUCAGGCACGGAAGCUAAUCAACACGGCCCCCACGGAGGCCAACCCUUCUGGCUACAUUAUCGCCUCCUCGGAUGAUCUACUGCAACUGUUUGAUGCGGAUUAUGGAGCUCUAUCGAUUCGAGAUGAAACGAAGAUUUUGGGGGACAACACUCAUUCUCAGGAAAUCCUUGCUCUGUUAGAGUUUCUUCGCGUGCGCAAGAUGAAUUCGGUGCUCGCUUCGCAUGACAUCACUAAGGAUUUCCCCGAUCUACAUUACGCUCCGGGUUUCAAAGCCAUCUCCGGCCUGCUUUAUGUACCUUUGUCUACGAGCGGUAGAGAUUUUAUUGCCUUCUUCCGCAAGGGUCAUUUGACCGAGAUUAAAUGGGCUGGCAACCCAUACGAAAUUGGCAAGCGCAAGGAGACAGCCGGGUAUUUGGAACCCCGCCAGAGUUUUGCCGCAUGGCGCGAGACCGUUCUGAGCCAGUCACGCGAGUGGUCCGAGUCUGAUGUCGAAACUGCAGCAGUGCUGUGCCUGGUGUACGGCAAGUUCAUCAAGGUGUGGCGACAAAAGGAAGCCGCUAUGCAGAACUCGCAAUUGACCCGUCUGCUGUUGGCGAACUCCGCGCACGAAUUUCGCACCCCGUUGAACGCUAUUAUCAAUUAUCUUGAGAUUGCGUUGGAAGGAGCGUUAGACAAUGAAACCCGUGAGAGUCUGACCAAGUCUCACUCUGCUUCUAAAUCACUCAUCUAUGUCAUCAACGAUUUACUGGACUUGACCAACACUGAGCAGGGCCAGGAACUCAUCAAGGCCGAGCCUUUUGACCUGAAGGCGACUUUCGAUGAAGCCGCGGAUAUGUUGGCUGGUGAAGCCAAACGCAAGAAAAUCUCGUAUACUGUGACGGCGCACAGUGGGCUACCACCCGCGGUAUUGGGUGAUCAGCGACGUGUGCGGCAAGUUUUCUCGAAUAUCAUAUCCAACGCUUUUCAAUAUACGACCUCUGGCGCAGUCACGGUCGAUAUAUUGCCUUCUAGCACACAGAGCUUGGCUGACCAUGUGGCGGUCGAGAUGAUAGCUGUUGAUACGGGUGUGGGCAUGGCGAAGGAGACACUGGAAACACUAUCCCAGGAGCUUGAACAGAUCUCAUCUGAUGAUAACCACUAUUUUGAGAACGAGAUUGAGGAAGACGAGCAGUCGGCUGCCGAGAAGCCGCGGCCGAAACGGGUUUUGGGUCUCGGCCUGGCUCUGGUCGCCCGCAUUGCUCACAGUAUGCAUGGGCAACUUAGUGUCAAAUCUGAAGAGGGCAAAGGCAGUCAGUUCAAAAUCCUUCUCCAUUUCCGACUCCCAGACGAAGGAUCCGCAUCUACUCCCGCAGAGGCUGUUCUUCCUGCUCACGCCAGCGUGCCUCCGACACCAUUGAAUUCUGAUAAGGAGUUUACGCUGGUCGGCGGUGUUUACGACGACCAUGAGGAGCGGCGGCGAAGCUCCGUGAGCGUACGCAGCGGUGGCAGUUCUCACAGCGGAAAGAGCCAGGCGGAUCGGCUCAUCAGCGCCAUACAAGAAUCUCCGCUGGAGCGAAGCCCCAGUGAGGAUUCGCGGACGGAACCUCUCACAAGUCCUGGCAUUGUCAGCAACGAACCGUUGACAAUGCGGCCGCCCUCCUUGGACCUACAAGAGCUGUCUACCACACAAGGUCCUCGGACCAGCCUCGCCGCUGUCACGCAUACGCCACCGCUCUCACGGCAAGCAAUGGUGACGCCCCCGGGACCGGGUGUCGAGAACAUACCAGAUCAUGGUAUUUCAAUGGAUGACUCUCGAGUUUCAGAGCGAGACGUCAAAUGGCCCUCUGCACAGGUGCAGACGAUUCAACCGCAGUCCUAUCUCUCGUCGAUGCCUGCAACCAGUGCCGCCUUGUCAGAGACUCCCUCAACCACUGUCCAGUCUUCCCCCGCCCCCACCACCGCUCUAUCCACAGAUUCGCGUCUUCUGAACGUCCUUGUUGCUGAAGACGAUCCGAUCAAUAGCAAAAUCCUCCACAAACGCCUUACCAAGCUCGGCCAUACUGUUCAGCUUACUGGCAACGGUGAGGCAUGUGCCAAUCUAUUUUCUUCCGCGAGCAGAUCAUUCGACGUCGUGCUUAUGGACAUUCAGAUGCCCAUCAUGGAUGGCAUGGCCGCUACGAGGAUGAUUCGGGAGUUCGAAGCCAAGGCUCCGAUAAAUCCGCUCUCCGAAAAAGCGAAGCAGAACAACCGGGUGCCUAUCUUUGCCGUAUCAGCGUCGCUUUUAGAGAGGGAGAAGCAGACCUAUAUAGAUACCGGAUUCGAUGGCUGGGUCAUGAAGCCAAUUAAUUUCGAACGACUCAACAUUAUUUUGAGUGGGCUGGUUGACAUGGAGGCCCGCAAGAGCGCGACAUACAGGCCUGGUGAAUGGGAGAAUGGUGGGUGGUUUGAUCAGCGUUGA